UGAACUACUGGACACUCGUUCGUCAACGAUGGGUGAUUUGUUGAACAUCAAUUUGUGUUUCACUAAAACUGACUACGUAGCCCCGCACGCACCCACUCCCCAACAUGCGUCUCCCAAUCCCACGUUCCGAACCCUGCUAAUCCGGCAGCUCGAAGAAGAAGGUGAGCUUGGCAAUGGUGUUGCCGUCAGCAAUGCAGUUGGCCUUGUACGAGGCCGGGUAGUCGAGGUCCGUCAAGUACUCCAGGAACUCCUCCACCGCCUUUUGCCAGUUCUCCUUGGGGGGAUCGUUGAGCGUCAGAUACCCCUCCUCGAGAUUGAGCUCGACUUCGGCGACGUAGUCCCCGAACGGCCGUACCGUCUCCACCUCCCUUCCAUCGUUGGGGGCCAUUGCGAGGUCUUCCUUGAACGUGUCGAACAGCUCGUCAGCGUCGUCUUGCCCGUACGCAUCGGUAUGCGCCUCCUGCAGCGUCACCUCGAGCGUCCAUGUGCCGCCCAUGGGAACGUUGAAGGACGUUCGGUCGCCCACAUCGCGAUCGAACACCUUGGUGGGAGGUUUGUUGAUGCUUGGCGUGGCUUUGCUCACGACGCAAUGCAAUUGGGCGAGCAGGCAAACGAGCACGGAGGCCAGCGUUGCCUUCAUGAUUGCUGUACUGCUCGUGUCGAGUUGUGCAAAAGAAUAUGGAAGGUAGGAUGCGCUGAGAGACGAAGAGAAUAUCUCGAUGAAGGAGAAGACAAGUUCUAAGGUGGAAAAGGCAGGCAACUUAUACCCGUGACCGCCCAUGGAGUCGCACGGCGCGGGUGGGAU